GUGAAAUGGGGAAAGACUUUGGUGGGGCAAUUGGCAAUUGGCUGUGGUUCAGUGUGGGAAGCGCGACUCUCUCUCUGGGGCAACGGGCAUCGGCGCGAUGAUCGGCCGGGCUUGAACAUCCCGAAUAUCCCGCUAUAAUUAUCCCACCUACUACGUACAGACACAACAUGAAUUAACAUCAACUGAAAUGGGAGAGCCGCAAAGCGCAUAUUGAUCGGCCGACGAUUCACCCACCUCUCCAAAGCGACCUUCCCAUCCAAAGGGGUUGGAUAUGGCUGCCCCGCACAGGGAUGACGGAGCCAUCUUCUCCUUGGCUCUGCAAGAUGUGUCCUUUACAGUUCCAGCACGGGUAUGGUAGGUGAAUUAGGCAAUAAAUUUAUUACUGUAUAGAUAAUUAUGGCAUAUAUCAACGUAUAUAACCCGGUGAUACCUCCGAACAAUGCAGUUGUUCCAUUAUACACUGCGUUUAGGGAGCGAUAGUGACUAGAAACAGAUAUUGAAAUCGACAUUGAUUAUAAUACUACCUUGCGUCACUGCACCAGAUAUAAUGGCUGUGGCAGAUCCACCUUCAUCCGAAUCAGAGCGUGGAAAUUCGAACGCUUUAGUCGGUCACCUCAAUGGCAGCGGCAAUAUCACCUCAAAUGGGAGUUCCUCGCUGGUAUUCGAAACGCAAGAAAAUCCCCUCUCCCCCGUUGCACGCACCAAGCAGCUAGACGUCGAUAUGCAGAAGUUGUUCGGCGAGUCACGAGCCGGCAAGAUCUGGAGGACUGCUGCCCAUCUUUCGCCAGCUGGGGGCUUUCCCGAACACGUCCUCCCCUCAGGCGAAACAGCUGGUAAAUAUAUAAGCCGUGAAGCCACCUUCUGGACAUGUGGGUUUUUCCCUGGCAGUGUGUACACUUUGCUCGAGCGGAGUGUCAGAUUUCCCCAAAACUUCCCCAUUUCCGACCCUGAGAUCGACCGCACAAAUUUGCACGAGCAGCUCCUUGACCUAUGUCAAAUAUGGUCCGAACCACUGCAUAGUAUGGCGCUUCGACGAAACACGCACGAUAUUGGGUUCAUCAUCAUGCCCGCGCUGCGACUUGAUUGGGAGUUGACAGGCAAUGCGCGAAGCUUCAAGUCCAUCUUGACCGCUGCCGAGAGUCUAGCAUCACGGUAUGAUGAGCGAGUGGGCGCAAUUAGGAGCUGGGAUAAACAGUUUAGCAAUCGCUACAGCAUCACGGACAAGGAAGAGAACUUCUUAGUUAUCAUUGAUAGCAUGUGCAAUCUCGACCUUCUCUACUACGCUGGCCAUCACACAGGUAAUCAGCGAUACAUCAACAUCGCUACUGCGCAUGCACACGCUGUUGCGAGAGCCAUCAUUCGACCUGACGGCUCGAGUUUCCAUGUGUGCAAUUUCCAUCCUCAAACAGGCGCUAUUCAGCGACAGUUCACACAUCAGGGAUACAAGGACAAGUCAACAUGGAGUCGUGGCCAAGCAUGGGGCAUCCUCGGCUUCGCCCAGACGUACGCCUGGACCAAAGAUCCCGCGAUCCUGCAAGCAGCCACCGCAUUGUCUGAUCACUUCUUGAAGCAGCUUGCAUCCGCGACGCACCACCACCCAUAUGUGCCACUGUGGGAUUUCGACGACAAUGAGCCGUCCUUAUUGCGAGAUACAUCCGCUGGCAUGAUCGCUGCUAACGGCUUACUGAUCCUUCACCAGCAACUUGCUACCGAGAGAUCACCUUAUCUGGAUGCAGUGCGGCACAUCGUCAAAGAUACUGUCGAUCUCUCCCUCGCGACAGAUCUAGCACCACUUAAAGUCAAUGCAGCCUCUGGCAAGAUCGAAGUCGCCGAGCCCGAUUGGGCAUCGAUAUUAAAGAAUGCAACGGCAAAUAACAAUGAGUUCGCGAUAUUUCGCUACAGCGAUCAUGGCCUAGUGUAUGCAGAUUAUUAUUUCUUAGAACUAGGCAAUAAAUUGCUAAGGAUGGGAUUAGUUUGAUUUAAUAGCAUUUUCUUAGGGGCUAAGUUUUUAGGAAGGAAAUUAUUAAAUCUUUGUUAUUUAUUCUAGACUAUUGUUUGUACGUUAGGAAUACUAAAAUGGGG